CCUCACACAAAAGAAUGUUCCCAAGCAGAGUCGAUAAGGAACCUAAAUACUACAUAAAUUGGAACUAAAAUAAUUUUCUGACUUUGCUCUCUGAAAUGCUCUACAAUGGAGGUAGUGCUAUUUGGAUCCUCUGAUUAUGCGUCUCUCUCUCCUCCUUUUCUCCUCUCCAACGCACACAGAAACCCCAAUUUCUCUCCCAAGCUGCAGAGGUCUCUUCCCAUUAGGAUCAUAGAAACUCGAUUAUGGAGUUCCUUAUCGUAUAUAAGCAAAGGUGUCAAUGGCAGGCCAAGAAGUUGCAAGCCAGUAUUCUAUUCUUUGCAAGAUUAUAGACACAGGUUCUUUUGUCAACCAGUACGAAAGAUUACAUUGCAAUGUGGUUUGUUCUCAGUAUGGAAUGGAUGCCUUCUCAAGUUCAGGAAGCACACAAUCCGUCUUCUGCAUGUAGUAAAAUGUUCAGAAAAUUUAAAAAAGCAUGUAUCCUUUCUUUUUGUCCACAUCAUUGUUGGUAUGGUUCUUGUUAUGACGGUUUCUGUUGCUGUUAGCAAAACUCCUUCCUUGGCCCUGACUGAAGAGAAUCGUCUUUUCUUAGAGGCAUGGAGAACAAUUGACCGUGCAUAUGUUGACAAAAAUUUCAAUGGACAAAGUUGGUUUAGGUACAGAGAAAAUGCAUUGCGCAAUGAACCAAUGAACACCCGAGAAGAGACAUAUAAGGCAAUCAGGAAAAUGCUUGCCACCUUGGAUGAUCCUUUCACUAGGUUUUUGGAGCCUGAAAAGUUUAAAAGUCUGCGGUUAGGGACACAAGGCAGUCUUACAGGUGUAGGGCUGUCAAUUGGCUACCCUACCGGAGGUGAUGGAUCAACUGCAGGACUGGUGGUAAUUUCAACUGCUCCAGGAGGUCCUGCAAAUAAAGCUGGUAUUUUGUCCGGGGAUGUUAUCCUGAAAAUUGAUGACACAAGUACAGAAACCAUGGGCAUAUACGAUGCAGCAGACCGUUUGCAGGGACCUGAAGGCAGUGCAGUGGAACUAACUAUUCAGAGUGGACCCAAGAUAAAGCACCUAUCUUUGGCGCGAGAGAGAGUUUCAUUGAAUCCGGUGCAGUCGAGGCUCUGUGAGAUAACUGGUUCGGGGAGGGAGGACUCCAAAGUUGGAUAUAUCAAACUAACUUCAUUCAACCAAAACGCUUCUGGUGCUGUCAGGGAAGCAAUUGAAACUUUAAGGAGAAACAAUGUUAACGCUUUUGUCUUGGAUCUUCGGGAUAAUAGUGGUGGUCUUUUCCCUGAAGGAAUUGAGAUUGCUAAGAUUUGGUUAGAGAAAGGUGUCAUUGUGUAUAUUUGUGAUAGUCAAGGUGUUCGAGAUAUAUAUGACACUGAUGGAAGCAAUGCUAUAGCAGCUAGAGAACCCUUAGCCGUGCUGGUAAACAAAGGAACUGCUAGUGCAAGCGAAAUUUUAGCUGGUGCAUUGAAGGACAAUAAAAGAGCAGUGUUGUUUGGUGAACCCACAUAUGGGAAAGGCAAGAUUCAAUCAGUUUUUGAGCUAUCCGAUGGCUCUGGUUUGGCUGUUACAGUAGCUCGCUACGAGACACCUGCUCACACUGAUAUUGACAAGGUUGGUGUAGUUCCGGACCAUCCUCUGCCAGUAUCUUUUCCCAAGGAUGAUCAGGGUUUUUGUAGCUGCCUCCAAGACCCUGUAUCUGCUUGCUAUCUCAAUAAAGUGAAGCUGUUGUCGAGAUGACACAACUUAAAAGACUGAACUCAAAAGGAAACACAAUUAAGGCUUAAAAUCUCUAAACAUUAACAAAACCUUUGUAUGCAAAAUUAGAAGACUUCCAUUCUGUUUUCAAACGAAGUGAUUUCAAAUUCAAAUUUCCCAUUCAAGGAUUGUUUUCUGUAUGGACAACAUUUUUCCGGAAUUUCUGCAGUACACUCUAAAUCUGUAUUGUACCACAUGACAAAGAAAAAUAUGUUCAAGCAAUGUAUACUAUGAAUGAGGUGAAAGAGAAGGUAAAAACAAGAUACAUUGAAAGGUUCCUUCA